UAGCAUAAACAAUAAAUAAUAAAUAAAUAAAUUGCACUAUGAAUAAAUUUCCCAAAAUUAUACUAUAUAUUUCCUUUUCUUUUCAUGUUUUGACAAAUUUGUCCAUUACUGAGUUUCAUUCAUCGAGUUACCGCUUCCGAUUCCUGCCGAAUUCAUUUUUAGGUAGUACCAUGCUUAAGAGAAAGGGAAGAGGGCGGCCAAAAGGGACAAGCCUUCAGAAGAAGGUUAAAACGAGUGCAGAUAAUGAGGCGGUAAUUCUUGAUAAUCCAUCAAAUGUGUUGGAAGUUGAUCCUGAAUUUACAGAGGAGCAGGAGGCAGAUACAAAUGUUCCUAAGAAAAGGGGACGAGGACGGCCGAAAGGGUCAAGCCUUCAGAAGAAGGUUAACAAUAGUGCAGAUGAUGAGGUGGUCAUUCCUGAUAAUCCAUCGAAUGUGUUGGAAGUCGAUCCUGAAUUUAGAGAGGAGCUGGAGGAAGGUACAGAUUUGCCAAAGAAAAUGGGACGAGGACGAACAAAAAAGUCAAGAGCUCAGAUUUGUCAACAGAGUGCCCGCAGCAGCUUGAAUAGUCACCUCAGUCCUUCAAAUAUGCCGGAAAUUGUUCCUCAGGGCGAAGAACCAGAAGAUGCAGUUAUGCCUAAAGAAAUGAGACGAGGACGGCCAAGAGGGUCAAGGGCGCAGAACUAUCAAAAGAGUGCUGAUGGGAAGGACAUCAGUAGUAAUCUAUCAAAUCAGAUGGAAGUCAUUCCUGGAUAUAAUGAGGACUCGGAGACUGUUAUGCCUAAAGAAAAAAGGAGAGGACGGCCAAGGGGAUCAAGGGCGCAGAACUAUCAAAAGAAUGCUGAUGGGAAGGACAUCAGUAGUAAUAACUCGGAGGCUGAUACAAGUGUCAGGCCUAUGAGAAAGAGAAAAGUAAGAGGACGAUCAAGAGGGUUGACUGUUCAAAUGAAGCGUCAACAGAGUGCUGAUGGAAAGUUGGAUGUUAUCAUCCAUCCUACUAGGCUGGUGGCUAUAGGUCCAGGCCGCAAUGAUUUCAUUACCGAUCUCUCUGUUAUUGUUCGCAAGAAUGCCCGGCUUAACGUGCACAAGUGGAGACAGGUUACACAAAAUACUAGGGAUGCAAUAGUACAAGAUGUUCUGGAAAAUUGGAGACUUGAGGAUACAGGUCUAGUACGGAAGGCUAUUAUAGAUGAAGCAGGCCGUUUAUAUCGGAAUUGGCGCAACAGGCUUCACGAUUAUUAUUUGAUGUUUGAAACAAAGGAGGAGGCCUUGAAGCAUGUCCCAGAUGAUGUCAUUGAUUCUGAUUGGAAAGUCAUGGUUGAUUAUUUUAGUAGCCCUAAAUUUGAGAUAAUGAGCAUGAAAAACAAGGCAAAUAAGGCAAAACAGCUGAUGAAUCAUGCUUGCGGGAGAAAAGCCUUUCAAGCAGUUAGCUAUGAUGCUCGGGAUCCAGUGACUGGAAAGGAGCCCGAUUUUCAGACAUUGUGGCAGUUGACACACAUUAAGUCAAAUGGCGAAUGGGUGGACGAGGCAUCCAAGGAAAUCCAUGACAAGGCUGCUGAACAAAUCAAUGAGAAGCUAUCCCUGGUAGAGAAUUCUCAGGAUGAACCGGAAACAAAUGAACCCGAAAUUAUUAAUACUGUCUUCAAGACAUUGGUUGGGAGGAAAUCAUACAUGCAAGGUUUUGGAUCUGAACUGAGGCCAUCAUGCUCUAUUGGAGCUCAACAGCUGCGGGCUGAACUAGCUGCCCAAAAGACAGAGACAGAGAAUGCUAGGAAAGAAUGCGACGAAGUCAGAGCUAAACUUGCUGAUGUUGAGUCUCAACUGGAGGAGGAGCGGCGGAAACGAGAGGAGUUAGAGGUUCGUCUACUUGAUCGUCAAAAUGAAAUGCAGGCGAUCAACAGUCAGGUGCAGACUGCCAUCCAGUCUGCAUUGACUCAAUUUCUACCAGUACCACCGACAAAGACAACUGAAGCAGAGACCUCAUCAGAACAUAGUACAAAGAUCUUAGAGCUUGAAGCACAACUCCAUGAGGCAGAGGAUGUGAUAACAGAUAUUAGAUCAGAAUUAGAUAGGUAUCGCUUGGGUUAUGGAAGGUGAACAAAGCAAUUAGUCCCAUUCUAGUGCAAAUAUUACAAUCUUACAAGCUUAUUUUGGGCUGUGUUUUUAAAUUUGUAUUUGAAGUCGAAGGUAAUUGCUUAAUAACUCUUUGUACGGAUAUGUCUUUGCUAUAGACAUCUAUAUUUUAACUUCAUGUUUUGUUUAGCAAGGAUGGGAAAGUGAUCGAUACGAGGCAAUUUCUUCCAUUGUGUUUAUAUAUUUAUGUUCUUUCUCU